GAAUAUUGUGGGAAAUUGGAAAUGCCCCAAAUUGGCAUCAUCAGCUAAACCCUAGAGAAUGAGGAGAAAACUCUGGAGAUAGAAGAGGAAGAAACCAGACGGUAUCAAUGGCGUUUCCGGCGUCUAUUGCGUCGCCUUCGUCUUCAACCCCCAAAUUUCCGAUUAAUGUCAUUGAACGGAAACCAUGCCAAUCCAAAAGUUGCUUUCUUUUACAUCUCCGUCGCCGACCCUUCUCCUCAAGCUGCGUAAAAGCAGUGUCCUCCAUGGCACAAUUUGGCGAACCCAGUAAACAAAACAAGCAGAAGCAGCAAAUUGAAAUCAGUGUCGUGAAGGAGAAGCUGUGGGAAGCCAUACCCGUCCCAGUGAAAGAGCUUCCAUGGAAGAAAGCAGCAGAUACAGCUUUGGAGCAGCUGCUUCUUCUUGGGUACAAGGCACUAAAAUGGUCCUUUAUCAGCUUGGGUGUCCUUAGUUUUUUAUCAGAUAUCAUAUUUUCCGUCUCCAGGAACUAUGAAUUGAUCAUGCCCUUUGGUCUCUUUGUUGGGUGCUUCUUGACUGAUGUCUUGAAAGAGACGUUGCAGCAAGUGCUUCCAAGCUCAGAGGAGAGUGGACUUGAAAAGCACUUUUUAGGCAUAGGCUGCUUUCUUGCUGCUGUUAAGUUUCUCUCUGCUGGCCUACCAAUGCAAGCCCGAGUUUUUCUUCUGCAUGUUGCGAAUGGCGGGUUCAUGCAGGUCUUGUGGCUCCGGAGAGGUUUAUUGAACAAAAGAGAUGAAGAUGCUUCCUUGCCCAUGGAUGUGAAAUCUUAAUUUUCUGCAGAUG